GCAGGCCAGUAGGAGCCAACAGCCAGUUCAUUUUUCAGAUGAGAGAUCUGAGGCACGGAAAGGUUAAGCAACUGUUCCAGGCCGCAGGCCUAACACAUCUGUCUCCUAAGCCAAAAUGUAUCCUCAGAAUCCAAUAUAGUGCCUGAGAACAGAUGUCGUUCAAUACACAAUUGCAAAUACAUGAAUACAUAUUUAAUUGUCUCUAAAAACAUAAAAGAGAAACACUUAAGCAUUAAAAACAAACACACCAGAGCGAAACUAACAUCUCCUUAAAACUCACUCACAGCCCCACGGAGAUCAAUCCCUCAUCUGCCUACUCUCCGCAGCGCUCCAGCUCCUGAGCGCCUUUACAGUUCACCAGCUGUCACUGGAGACGUCGCCCACGCCUUCGCCACCGGCUUGACUCGCCCGGCUUCCCGUCGUCCCGCCCUGCCGGGCCGCAAGGCUUCCUGGGAGUGGUAGUCCCCUGUCAGGCAGCUGCGGCGGCUGCAGCAGCCAGGCGCUCCGGGCCGCGGAACUACAGGGCUGGCGCACGGGCCUGAGGCUCUUCCGCAUCGCCUAUCGCUCCCCGGCGGCGCGCCGCCCCAGCUAUCAUGGCGGCUCCCUUGGCCCUGGUGCUGGUGGUGGCCGUGACGGUGCGGGCGGCCUUGUUCCGCUCCAGUCUGGCCGAGUUCAUCUCCGAGCGGGUGGAGGUGGUGUCCCCACUGAGCUCUUGGAAGAGAGUGGUUGAAGGCCUCUCACUGUUGGACUUGGGAGUGUCUCCAUAUUCAGGAGCAGUAUUUCAUGAACUGAGGAAACUAAGGCUCAGAGGGGAAACAACGUGUCCAAAGACUCCAUUAAUAAUAUACCUCUUUCAUUUCCUGAUUGACUAUGCUGAAUUGGUAUUUAUGAUAACUGAUGCACUCACUGCCAUUGCCCUGUAUUUUGCAAUCCAGGACUUCAAUAAAGUUGUGUUUAAAAAGCAGAAACUCCUCCUUGAACUAGACCAGUAUGCCCCAGAUGUGGCCGAACUCAUCCGAACGCCAAUGGAAAUGCGUUACAUCCCUCUGAAAGUGGCCCUGUUCUAUCUCUUAAAUCCCUACACGGUCUUAUCUUGUGUUGCCAAGUCUACCUGUGCCAUCAACAAUACCCUCGUUGCUUUCUUCAUUUUGACCACGAUAAAAGGUAGUGCCUUCCUCAGUGCUAUUUUUCUUGCCUUAGCAACAUACCAGUCUCUGUACCCACUCACCUUGUUUGUCCCAGGACUCCUUUAUCUCCUCCAGCGGCAGUACAUCCCUGUGAAAGUAAAGAGCAAAGCCUUCUGGAUCUUCUCUUGGGAGUAUGCCAUGAUGUACAUGGGAAGCCUAGUGGUAAUCAUUUGCCUCUCCUUCUUCCUUCUCAGCUCCUGGGAUUUCAUCCCUGCAGUCUACGGCUUCAUACUUUCUGUUCCAGAUCUCACUCCAAACAUUGGUCUUUUUUGGUACUUCUUUGCAGAGAUGUUUGAGCACUUCAGCCUCUUCUUCGUGUGUGUGUUUCAGAUCAACGUCUUCUUCUACACCAUCCCCUUAGCCAUUAAGCUGAAGGAGCACCCUAUCUUCUUCAUGUUCAUCCAGAUUGCCAUCAUCUCCAUCUUCAAGUCCUACCCAACAGUGGGGGAUGUGGCCCUCUAUAUGGCCUUCUUCCCCGUUUGGAACCAUCUCUACAGAUUCCUGCGGAACAUUUUUGUCCUCGGCUGCAUCAUUAUCGUCUGCUCCCUGCUCUUCCCCGUCCUGUGGCACCUCUGGAUUUAUGCAGGAAGUGCCAACUCCAAUUUCUUUUAUGCCAUCACAUUGACCUUCAACGUUGGGCAGAUCCUGCUGAUUUCUGAUUACUUCUAUGCCUUCCUGCGGCGAGAGUACUACCUCACUCACGGUCUCUACCUGACGGCCAAGGACGGCACGGAGGCCAUGCUUGUGCUCAAGUAGGCCUGGCCGGGCACAGGGCUGCACGGACUCGGGGUGGACAGGCCAAAAGCUGGGCCAAGCCCUCGAGCCAGAAUUGCCAGCAGGCAAGUCCUCAGGCAGAUGAGGUUCAAGUCCAGGGUCACGAUCUUGGCACCAGAGGAGAGCCAAGGCUGGCAGCAAGGCCUGUGGGGCUUUGCCAGGCGCACCUCCACUUGGACCCACAGUUUUUGGCUCUGCACACAAAGGAGCCCCCUCCCAGACAGGACAGGGGAGGAAGCAGGUGAGCAGGGUUUGUUAGGUUGUUGACUUAAUAAAUUUCUUUUUGGUAUGAAGUCUA